AUGUCGCUGGGUGGCGAGGGCGGGUACGGGGCGGGCGGGGGGUUCGGGGGGCUGGACGCGUUCACGGCGAAGCAGAUGGCAGCGCUGCAGGCGACGUCGCUGGCGAAGGCGGGGAACCGGUCUGCGCCUGGCGGAACUUCGGUGCCUUAUUUCGGGGGAUUGUUGACACCCCAAUCACAGACUUCGGGGCCUCCAGCUCUCCCGCCCCCGGACGCCGCACCGCCACAGCUGGCCGCGCCCCCCAUGGCCCACCCUAACCCGAACGCGGCCCUCCACCAGAUGCAGCAGCUCCAGAAGAGGCGUCAGUUCCUCGGCGGCCUCGCCGCAGUCCACUCCCGCAGCAACCCCCUCCCCCCCGACCUCGUCGGCGUCCCGUGGCCCCAGGGCUACGACCCCGCCGCGUCCCCCUGGAAGCCCCUCGAUGUCUCCCGCGCAGACCUCGGCGUCAUCCGCCUCGCAGGCAAGGACGUCGAUCUCUACAAGUUGUGGGUCCUUGUCCUCCAGGGCGGUGGCGGACACAAGGUCAACCAGCAGGGCCUCUGGCCCGUCGUCCUCCGCCAGCUCGACCUUCCCGAGCACUUCCCCGAGCCCCAGCAGCAUGGCCAGCCCGUCGCACCCAUCGUCGCCCGAUACUACAUGAUGAUCGUCGGGCCCUUCGAGGAGGCGUACCGCAGGAACAUGCGCGAGCAGCAAAUGCGCGCCGCCGCACAGCAAGGGCCCGCUGCCGACGGCCUGCCGGGCCCGUCCAACAUGAGCACCAUGCCAGGCAUGCCCGCAGACACAAGCAUGAACAUGGGUGCCAUGGGACCCUCCAUGUCGUCAGGAUCGUCCCAGAUGCUCGACAGCGCGGCCCCGAAUCAGAUAUCCCCCACGAAUGUUUCCCAUACGCCGCAGCUCGCGCAACACUCCCCCGUUGCCGGGCUAAAUGCGGCUGCCGGCAUGAGCACAUCCUCUAGCUUGACACAGCACAUGACCCGAUCAACUUCGAGCCUCGGACCCAGUUCCAUUGUGGGACAGGAACUCAACGGCGCUGACGCCGACCAGGAGGCAAACAGUCGCAAGCGCAAACUGGGAGAAGCCGAGGAUUUAGAUCCAAAACGCGUCAGGCAGAAGACAGGCAGCGCAGACGCCUCUGACAUGCGGGCCUCCGUCCCCCCAGCCGGGCCGCAGAACGGCCAUGCCGCACAGCCUACGCCAGGGGCGCGUGUGAUCAAGCAGCCGUCAAGACGCAAGAUUGAAUACGUGCCGCUAGGCAGGCCCAUCGAAACCGCUGGUGGGAGGGAUGUCGAGGCAAUCCAGCAUGAGCUCCUGCGCGCUAGCCAUCGGCCGCUCAAAGACAUGAACGAAUGGGGCCAGGUCGACAUUGACGCCCUGACGAUUCUCAUGCGGUAUCCCCACAAAGACACGGGCUUCCCGAUCUUGCAAGCCCCAGAGCUGCUGGAGGAGGCGCUCGACUUGCUGGAGGAUGUCGCGUUUGACGACGACGACGACGACGACGACGCGUCUAUAACGUCCCUACCGGAGGGGCGUAUCCGGACACACAAGGAACUGGUGAACGGCGUAGUAGAGGAGGGCUCACGGCCGUUCGCGGCCCUGGAGCCAAAACAGGGUUGGCGGGAUCCUGACUUGGGUCCGCGUCCGCGUACCGGCGAGACGGUACUGACUGUGACGAACAUCCUCCGAAAUCUCUCCAACAUGGCCGACAACCAAGACCACCUCGCAAAACACGAACGGUUACUAUCCAUCAUCCUUCGUCUGUGUUGUCUAGAUCUACUCACAUUGCGAAAGGACGUCGUUCACAUUCUUGUCAACAUCGCCGGGAACAUCACGUUCUCUUCCGCGUCACCUCCUCCAAAACAAGACGUCCUGAAUGCGCGCCGCGCGUUUGAGCUCCUGGCCUCCUACCUAGUGGACCCAGUCGAAGCUGUCCCGCCCUUCGCCAGCAUGCUCAUGUCUGGCAUACCACCCGCCCCCGACGACAACCGGCGCCUGCUCUCCAGGGCCGUCUCGCAAGAGUGGCUCUGGACGCUGAUGGAGUCGCUCGUGCACCGGCUGCCCGUGUCCGACAACGACUUCCAGGUCGUCAUGCGCGACGUGUGGCUCGGCUUCGUCGAGAAGCUGGUGAUGGCGAUCUACGCGCUCGCGUUCCUCGCGCCGCCGCCGCUCAAGCGGCGCAUCAAGACGGACCGCAGCCUCGGGUUCGCGAAGGUGCUCCUGCGGCUCGUGAAGAAGUUCUCGAUCUACUCGCCGCCCGAGGCGCGCAUGUACUUCAUCAUCUCCGUGCGCCGCGCGAUCGAGGCGAUGCGCCUCGUCGACGACGCGUCGGACUCGUUCGACACCGCGCAGACCCCCGCGGGCACGACGCUCAUGUUCGGCAUGGGCUAUGGCGAGCACGGCGAGAGCAGGCCGCAGCGCGGGAUGGGGCUGCUGAGCGGGUAUCAGGACGAGAUUACGUGGAGCCUGAUGUUGCAGCGCGAGGUCGUCACGGACGACUUGAUGUUCUCGGAGCUGGAGAGUUUGGUCAGGGUGGAUAAGAGCACGUCUGUGCUGCCUGUCUCAUGA